ACUCGGAAAAAAAUAAGAAGCUUAUCAAUUUUGCUUGUUUUUUGAUAAAAAUAUCGUUAUAUCCGGUCAAUUUUUGCUUUAAUCCGUCAUUGAGUGCGCGCAGUACGAGAAACGCAUCGAGAAAUGUCGGACGAAGACCCAGAAUUGUUAUUUUUCGACACUUUUGCUCACGAUGUUGCUGAGAAACUCAACUUGGAUUUGGUGCAAUUUCCGCAACCAGUGUACAUCACGGAGAUUCGGAUAAUCCCGCUCGGAGCUCGAGUGCAAUCCGAUGGUUCAUUUAUCCGGUUGGGAGCGACAAACCCUUCGAAAUUUCAUGUGGAUUUCUUCGUGAAUGAUUUGCGGAAACCUGGAGCUUCUACUUUCGAGUGUCUCGGAGCUUUUGAGUACAAUCAGAACGAUUGUAUUCAUCUCUCGUGCAUUCCGGAGAACGGUCGAAAAAUCGCUACCGAUGGAUUGGUGCUAAAAGGUUACUACACGACAAUAACCUUGGCUGUUUAUGGCUACGUCACGAAAAAUAUCGUUGAAACGUUCAUCGAAGAAGACGAUUUGCUGCCCGGCAACGAUUUGUCCUCCAUGGAAAUCGCGGAUGACGUUAACGAAGACAUUGACGGACUCUGGCCCGAAGAUGCGGCUCCCGUGGCAAUUGGCGAUCCGCAAAAAGUCUUUGUCGAGACACCGGAUGCCUUUUAUUCGGAUGGCGAUGUGCCCAAAGAUCCACGUCGUCGUCGUACUCGCUCCAAUUCGUGCGAAAAAGACACCGACAGUGGCAAGGAAAUGUCUCGGCGACGUCGCGAAUGGUCUCGUAGCCCCCCGGAUCAUUAUCGGGCAUCGCGUUUACGUUCGCCGAACGAUUUGCGACGUCCUCGGUCGCCUUCGUGCAACUCCAACGACUCGAAAAUCGUGAUGGCAGUGCGUUCACCGACACCAGCAACGCCAAUUAUCGAACGAAUGGACGAUGACAUCGAUUCGCCGAUUGACGAAUUUGAAACUAUCGAAAGUGACGAGGACAUUGGCGAAGGAGAUGCUGAAUAUGACUUGCUGGAAUACGAGGCGGGGUACUUUGAGGUCGUAAAUUCGUUCAAUCCGUUUGAACCGUUGAAAAAGUACGCGAACGAACAUUCGGUAACGCAAAUGCAGCAACAUCAACAACGAAAAUUCGACAAUUUCAAGAAGAAUUUGAUGGUUUUUGAAGCAAGACAAGCUUUUACGCAGGAAAAUUUCCUUUUUGAAAGCAAUGAGAACAAAAAUGCGUGGGUUGAAAAUGUGGAGCAACUCAUCCAACAACUCACGGUAUUCAAUCAAAACGAUCAUUCACGUAAUUUGGGCAUUAUUUCAACUUUUGUCAAGGAAGAAAGUCCCGAGCUGAAGGUUUUGGCGGAAUAUAUCAAGAUUGGCUUGGAUUACAACAUCGCCGUGGAUCAACCAAAGCCUCCAUAUAAAGUUCGUCAUAUGAAAGCUGGCAUCCGCUUGGUUGAACUUCUUUGCUGUUACGAGCCAAUCAUCCGUUAUGUGCUCUACACUGCCGAAAUCAACGUUUUUCAACAACUUUUCUCCAUGUUUUUCCAACAAUACAUGGCGCUGUCCAUCCGUUUGAUGAUUUUCAAGGCAAUUUAUUCAAUUUUAGACUCUGAUACCGCCGUGAAAUACUUCCUUGGCAACGAAAACGAGUUCAACGGAUACCAAACUCUCGUCGAAAUGCUUCAAGAAAACCCGAAUGGACGUCAAAUCAUCGCCAUUGCCGCAAUUUUGAAAAAAUUAAACUUGUACGAAGCUUUUACGAGUGUCAAGGAAUCUACUUUGAAGAUUUUCGCAACGGAAAAUGCCGAUCCCGAAGAUAUUCGAGUACUGACAGAGUCAUUAUCGGAAGUAGACAAGGCUUUACAAGAUCGUUUUUCGUUCGCGCAACCUAGGAGAUUUCUUCCGGUGUCGGCGCAGUUUGAAAUUCCAAAAGAUGCGCAUUCUUUUCCGUUCGCCAUGAACGGAAUCAAGGCUUAUAUGCAAUCAAAGGGAUUUUUGGAGACCCUAACGUUGAUUGUCUUGGCCAAAAAUAAAGUUUCCACGAAUUUGACUACUUUGGCAUACGGUUUGUUGGAAAAUAUCAUCAAAAAUCCCUUGGGACUCAAUUAUUUGAUCGACAAUAUCGAGCAAACGAACAUUUUGGUGCGAGAAUUGUUCGGAUUGAAAGACACAGACGAGUUAGAAGCCGAAUUUGACCCACUUUUGUCGAUUCACGCGACGAAAGCAAGAGCUCUUGCCAUGGAAAUCGCUUAUAAAGUGCAAACUAUUUAUUAUUUGGAUGCAAUUAUGGACACAAAACACGAUAAUAAUGCUUUAAUGGAACAUUUACAAGCUUUGUACACCUUAUGUUUCAAUUCCGGACGAAAUUUCGUCUUUGAAACGUUAACUAUGGAUAAUAAUUUGGAACCUUUGUUAUCGUGCAUCGAAACUGAGAAGCUAAAAUUCAAGGAUGGAUCACCUGAUGUCAAAAAUAAGUCACCUGUCCUCAUUUACGCCGUCGAUUUACUCGACAGUUGUGUCCGUAACUCGAACGACAUCAAGUAUUUGGAGGAGCAUAGCGGCACAUUGCUGUAUCUCGUGAAGCAACAUGACCUUUUCGAGCCUUCUGUGUCGGCGAUGUUGCAGGAAAUGGCAGUUUAUCUCAAACCGCUUGAUAUUUCAAAUAAUGUUGCGAAUUUCGAGGAGAUUCCCGCUUUAGUGGAACAAAUGAAACGCAGUGUGGAGUUUAUAACAACUUACCCUGGGGAUCUCACGAUGGCUUUACGGAUCAUUCGUCAUAAUUCUUUGACAGCUUUCGCGGAUGACGAUGAAAAAUUCGAUAUGGAUCACGUCGAACUCAAGCACAAAUACUUUUUAUUGCAAUUUUACUCGGCGGAUGGCAUGCAAGUUCUCAUGACGAUCCUGGAUAAACUCAACAAUUAUUACAUGCAACCUGGAAUGCACACCGCUGGAUUGGCAACGACACAAGGAUUACUUCUCGUUCAAGUCCUGCUUCCCACAAUUCAGAUCAUUCGUCGCAUUUUAACGUUCGUUAUUCAAGCCAGAAAUGUCGAUUUCAAGGAUUUAACGGCAAUCGAGCCACUUUUGAGGACUUUCGGGUUAGUAAAUGCCAUUCCCGAUCGCGGCAUCGCCUAUAACGACGCUCAAAAGGUCGAAACUGAGAUAAUUAGAACACUUUUGGCUUAUACCCAACCACGAGCGACAGACGGUUUCGACACUGCCAACAUCCACAAGAGCUUAUGGACCUUAAUGAUCGGCGAAUUGUUGAAAUUUAUCGUUACGGGACCCUAUUGCUUCAUUCCGGGAUUGUUAGUUUUUUCGGAAUUGCUUCCGUUGCCCCUGCCAAUUCCCACAAAAGAGCCCCUCGAUGAGAAGGAAGUAGCGCAAGUGGUUACCGAACGUCAAAUGUGGUCUGCGCAUUUGCAUUCGCAAAGUAACGCGAUAACGGAGAUGAUUCAAACGACCGUUUUGUCAAGUAAUCCGGAGAUUUUGAUCAUUUUGUGCAGAGUUGCGUUGCAAUUGUCGGAUUUGGCGCCGAAUAUGACGUUGUUGGUGUCGAAGGCGAUUUCGGAGUUGAUUCUGAAUGAGCCGUUGGAGGAUGUUGCGCAGUCUGAUCAGAACGAGUCAUCUCAAACGGGAGUUGCUACUUCACAUCAUGCCCGUUUACUGACCUUCCUCUCCAACUUGGUUGGAUAUCCUUCUACAAAAGUUUCAAUCUUUUCCGUGCUUCCGGGCAAGAUGAUGGAUAUUUGUGACACGAUUCUCUGCACUGCCAACGACUCCGAAGCGCAUCUCACGGCACAAGAAAGCAUCCUAACGGUCUUCCAAAACCUCUUGGAUACGGAAAUAACGAUGGUUGUCGAUGCUGGAUCCAGUCCCGAAAUGAUGCUUGCUUGUUCGUUGCCAUCUCGCGAAUUAUUGCUCAGUAUCGCGCACAGUGUCUUGGGAAAUCUCUUAAUUUGCACCAAAGUCGGAAGUUACAUGAUGGCAUUGCGAACCCUUCAAAUUCUCACGGAAUACGACAUAAGUGUGACUUGUUUGCGCAUGGCACUGAACAAAAGAUCGGGAAUUUUGAAUCAAGUUACGAAAAAUUUGUAUGCGGCAAUUGUCGAAAGUCACGCCGAAUAUCGCGAAAUUCUCUGCAUCCUCAUGGAUUUCAUGAAAGCUUUGAUUACGGUGAAAGAACGCAAGGACGAUCGCAAUAUCCCGAUCCGAACAAUUGCAUUCAUGGCAAAACAACUUUGCAAAUUCCUCGAAUGGCCUCAGGAGAACUGCAAAAAACGCGAACACGCAUUGACGCAGUUGUUGGUGUUCCUUCAGAGCAAGAAAACGGAGACCGAGUCGCCGACGAAGCAAGAAAUCGAAGAAAAUCUCAAUGAAUCUGCCAAAUUCGAUGAUGGCUUGGAAGAGUGCGUGCAGAAUUUGAUUAAAUUUUUGAAUGAAAAUGUCGAUUUGGUCGAUCCGACAAUUUCUGAGAACUCGUUGAGUCAAUUUGACGCAUCGUUUGACUUUACAUUUCCGCAAGCGGAGGGAAUUGUAACGCAAUUUAGUUCGCGCCAAGUGUUUUUCGUCACAGACGAAGCAGAUGACAGCUUAACAGCCAAUCAUUGGUUGAAUUUGCCCGUUUUGGAAGAUGACCCAUUGACGGAAAAGGUUCCCUGCGACAUGAUGGAAAUUGUGAGCAACUGUUUGCCUGCUGACACGAACAUCACAGCGGAAUGUAAGCGAUUAUUGCAUCUUUCGGCAUCACCUCAAUCGAAUCGUGAUCGUCAAACGGCAGCACAUUGCUAUCGCACACGUAGAGUUGACAUCGAUUUGGCAACAGGGCGUCCCGAAACAUCCAGACGCAUCUAUGGAAAAUUCACCUCAAUUCGUGGUCGAGGAUAUCCCCGUGGCACUCAAAGUCGUUCAGAUUUGUUCCGUUCACGUCCGCCAAACACUUCUCGGCCUCCAUCGCUACAUGUUGAUGACUUUACGGCGUUGGAAAGUCAUGGAGCACAACCCACAGGCCCCACGGGAUACAAUAAAUUGCCAAUUAUUCAACGUGGAAGGGGACGUUCUCGGAUUCUUACACGAGGACGUUUCAUCAGGGGACGUGGAAAAUACAUUUCAAGCUCUUCAUGGAACUCGUCACCAUCAUCUGGGGCACCGUCAUCCCAUACAACGUCAAGCAGGAGACCAUCUCGGUCAUACACAUCGACUCGUUAUAACACAAGUCGUUAUAUAACUGGAUCUUCGACUCGUGGGCGAUACACCCGUUAUAUUAGACCUUAUCCACGUUAAAGGAUGACAUCAAAAAUUUUCAAUUUUUCUGCUAUUUUUAAUAUUUUGAUUCAAUAAAACCUAAU